AUGGCGGAGGAGGAAGAUGUGUUGUCUGAGCCACCUGCAGCACGGCUCAAGGAAGAAGAAUCGAUCGGGCCAGAGUCCGCUUUGGAUGUAACUUCAGCAUCGAGCGUUGACACAGUCGCGUCCCCAGGAACAGGUGCCGUUGCAGCGCAGUCGAGCAGAAGCACUCCACGUGCCCAAGACACGGCUGUGAUGGCGACAAAUGCAGGGCCUAUGACGGAUGCUGCCGUGCCACGGAUACAGACGAGUGCUGCUUGGAUUGAUGAGGCAGAUACAGCAUCCAUGUCGGUGCCAGCUUCCCCCAUGGUCUCUGAUGCUGAUGAUGAGGCGCCUUUACAGCAAGAGGCGCGAGGCUCGGUGCAAACAACGUUGGCAGAGGGCGAGAGCACGUCACAGCCAGUCGUGCAGUCAGCAGCACAGCCAACCCCCACGAAACACGCGCCAACCCCGUCGGCCUCGAUCAUUUGCGUGCCAGUACCAUCGGCCUCGGGUUCAACCUCCUCUCCGGCGCGAUCGGCUGCAAGCUCAGCCUCGG